AUACUCAACGCGCGAGCGGGCAGUGACUGGCGUUAUUUCUAAUCGGGGGACGUAAACAAACUGGAGAUAAUCUGUUUUGUUCUUGACAAUCGCGCGAGUUAUCAUUACGCUCCUAUUAAUAUUCGACAGUGUCAGUGUGUGAAGUGAGCCGGAGUCGCGUACAGAAAAUCAAGCGAAAAUGGCUGAAGUUGAUGGAAAUUACGUGCUGGCUAAGGCCCUGAAGGACCAGGGAGUCGAAUAUGUUUUCGGCAUUGUGGGCUACCCUGUCAUUGAACUGGGUAUGACCUGCCAGCAGGUAGGCCUGCACUACAUCGGCAUGCGUAAUGAGCAAGCGGCUGCGUACGCCGCUCAGGCCAUCGGUUACCUCACUGGAAUGCCCGGUGUAUGCUUGACCGUUUCCGGCCCGGGUGUCCUCCACACCCUUGGUGGUAUGGCAAACGCGCAAAGCAACUGUUGGCCUAUGCUGGUUGUCGGUGGAGCGGUUAGUCAAGACCACGAGGCAAUCGGCGGAUUUCAGGAGUGCCCACAGGUGGAGGUAGCUCGUCCCUAUUGUAAAUACUCCGCGCGUCCACCCACGGUCCAACUUAUUCCUACUCACGUGGAAAAAGCGCUGCGGUUGUGUCGUUUCGGGCGUCCGGGAGCAGCGUAUUUGGAUCUUCCUGGUAAUAUUUUACAAUGCAAAGUGUUGGAGUCCAGUGUAUUGCAGAGAACUGCCACUGGUGGCGCACCAACACCCAAAUGUUUCCCUGAUGAAUCAAAAAUCGCCGAGGCGAUUAAUCUGUUGCGAAAUGCAAAGAGACCUUUGGUGAUUGUUGGUAAAGGUGCUGCAUAUGCAGGCGCUGAGAAUGAACUGCGUCAGUUCAUCACCAAAACCAAUUUGCCGUUUUUACCCACGCCGAUGGGCAAAGGUGUGGUACCAGAUGAUGAUCCACAUUGUAUCGCACCAGCUAGAACCUUGGCUUUACAAAAAGCCGAUGUUAUUCUGUUAUUGGGCGCACGCCUCAACUGGAUGUUGCAUUUUGGACGUCCGCCACGUUUUGACGCGGAUGUGAAAAUUAUUCAGGUGGAUUUAUCCCCCGAAGAGUUUCAUAAUUCCAUUGAGACCGCUGUUCCUAUCUUAGCAGAUCUCAAACCAGCGUCUGUUUCGCUCCUCAGAGCUGCAAACUUUUCAGUUGCCAACAACACUGAUUGGUGGACUCAACUACGCGGGAAAUGUGAAAGCAAUCGUAAGAGUGUGCUUGCUAUGAGUCGAGAUGACGCACCACCAUUGAAUUACUACGCGGUUUUCACGAAUUUACAAGCAUGCCUACCACCAAAUUGCAUUAUUGUCAGCGAGGGUGCCAACACCAUGGAUAUAGGUCGAACUAUCCUUAGCAAUCAACUACCGAAACAUCGUUUGGAUGCGGGUACCUUUGGUACCAUGGGUGUGGGAUUAGGUUUCGCUAUCGCCGCUGGUUUGUACUGCAGACACAAAGCAGCCGGGAAAAAGGUAAUCUGCGUUGAAGGUGACUCUGCUUUUGGAUUCUCCGGAAUGGAAAUCGAGACUAUCUACCGCUACAAGCUACCCAUUGUUGUGGUAGUGGUUAACAACUCCGGAAUUUACGGUGGGGUUGAUGAGGAUCUCUACGCGGAUAUUCGCGGGGAAGGAGACCCGACACAAACGUUGCCCGUCAACGUGUUGUCGACGUACACGCGCUACAACGAAUUGAUGCGAAUGUUCGGCGACCGCGGCUCGCAUUUGGUGAAGACCAUUCCGGAGCUCAAGGCCGCUGUUAAGGAAGCCUUGGCCGUCACCGAUGGCCCUUCAAUUAUCAACGUCAUUAUUAAUCCAACAGCCGAUAGGAAACCGCAGACGUUUUCGUGGCUGACGGAAUCCAAGCUAUAAACGCGUUUUUCUUUUUCUUCUUCUUUCUUUUCUUUCGUGUUUUUUACUUGUUUGCUUGCAUUAUUAACGAAGUCUGUGUUUUUAAUAAACGAUACUGUUGCAUACGCAUAA